AUGUCCUCUGUUAUUACGAUCGGAUUAGUGGAAUUUCGGAUUCAAUAUAACAGCAAUGAAAGCGAUCAAAACAAAGAGCCUAAUAUUUGGAUAGAGGAAAUGAUGAGAAAAUUUAAAUGUAAAAUGAGGAAUACUCGUUGUAGAAGAACAGAAAAGGCUUUUUCUAUGAAUUUUAAAUUCAUUAAUGCGUUAACUGUUCCGGAGUUGAAAGUCGAGAAUGUUGUACCUAGUGAUGUUAAGAUUUCAUAUGAUAAUCAUUGUAUCCUCCUUGUAGAGUACUGGUAUCAAAAUCUUUAUGUGUUUGAUUUGGACACAAAACAAUACAAAUAUUAUGUGUCUCUUGAAUUUCCGAAUCCUUUAUAUCUAUGUGUUGAAGAAAAUUAUGAUGGAAAUUAUCACGAUGCCUUGAUUGUCAGUUUUGAAAGUCAACAACAGGUUUACAAAUACGAUUUAAGAGAGCUACUGGGUCUAUCCCAACACAAUCGUAGUAUUAAUGCUCUUUGGAAAAGCAGUGAAUGCGAUCAACCAAAAGGAAUGGCUGUCCUUUACCUUAAUGACUUUGCUAUGAUGAACGAAGCGUUUGUCAACAGAAAUAUUAUUUUCAUAUGUGACUUUAUGCAACAAGGGAUACAUGCUGUAAAAUCGUCAUCAGGACAAUUGCUUACAACAAUCAAACUACAUGAUAUUCCUCUUGUCAAGCCGUUAGAUAUUUGUAUCCUGAAUGGCGAUGUUAUUUUCACAAAUGGUACUCCAACUGAUUGUGUUCAUAUUUUAAGAAACUGUGACCCAUUCUAUGUCACCUUAGACUAUCAAUGUGUUGCAACUGUUGGUCGGCACGGCAAGAAGGAAGGCACUUUUUCUGAGCCUUGUAAUAUUAUCUGUGAACAAUCUACUGGAAAACUCAUUGUUUCGGACACGUGGAAUGAUAGAGUUCAAAUUUUCCAAUACUCAUCACAUAGGAAUGAAACCACGCUACAAUUUUGGAACUGUUUUGGGAACCGAAAGGAAAAAACAUUUAGAAAUCCUCAAGGUUUAUGCCUCAAUCGCUUAAACGGAGAGCUUUUAGUGUGUGACAGCGGUAAUGGUUGUAUUCACAUUUAUCAAUAA